AUGCUAAAGGUUAUUGCUUUCGAAAAUUUUGUACAUUUCAAAGAGAAGCAAGUGAUAAAUUUGGAAACUGCAACAAGAAAAUCUGAUGAUAAAAAGAAAAAGAAAUCUGCCAAAGAAACACCAGAUGAUAAAAAGAAAACUGCAGAAGGAAUUUCUGAUGAUACAGAGGAAAUAUCAAAAGUUAAAUCUGAUGACACGGAGACAACUGCCAAGGAAAAAUCUUAUGACACACAAGAAAUUGCACAAGGAAUGCCUCAUGAUAAACAGGAAACCGAAAUUGAUACAUUCCAUGAUACACAGGAAACUGCACAAGGAAUACCUAUUGAUAAACAGAAAACCGAAAUUGAAACAUCCCAUGAUAUACAGGAAACUGCACAAGGAAUACCUCAUGAUAUACAGGAGAAAAAAAUAAAAGGCACAUUUCAAGAUGAAGUGAAAUCUGCAAAAGAACAACCUCAUGGCACAGAAAAUAAGAGUAAACUUGCCUGUUUUGUUGGAGCAAAUUUCUGCGGCAAAAGCACAGUUUUAGAAUUGAUUAGACGAUGCAUGACGAACGAAAUCAAUGUAACCGUAACUAGAUCCUUUAAUGAAAAUAAAGUGGCAUAUGUGUUCUGCAAAUUCGACUUGCAUUCUAAAGAGGUCAUUUCUGGUGUCAUAAAGGAGGGAAACGAAUGUGUACCAUGCAAAUUUCACAAAAUAUUGAUUUACACUUCCGAACGUGGAAAAAUCCUUCGUUGUAAUUCUUUUGAAUCCAGUGAUUCAACGCCAAAUGAAAGUUUUCGAAUAUUGGUAGAACCAGAAGAUAAAGAUGAAAUGAAAUAUCUUUUUCAAAAGCAGAAAAAAGAAUCCACGUACGUAAAGCAUAUUUUAAAAAUAAUACAAUCGAAACAGAAUAUCAUAGAAAAGAAGGAAGGUGAAGUAGAUUGGAAGGAUUUAGAAAACGCAUACGUGGCAACAAUGCCUCUUAGAGGAAUUGGAAUGGUACAGUGGACAAGAAGUAACAAAAUUGGAGAUAAGGUUAGGAAUUAUAAGAUGGCUUGUGAACAGGCAGAAAUAAUUUCCGAACUUUUAUCAUCUGAAUCAAUUGAUACAGAUAAAGAAACCGAUAUCUUUGAUUAUUUAACUUAUCCUCAGAAAUUCACUUUUAUACUAAGUAAUGAAGAAGAUAAAAUUCGCGUUCAACAUGGUGGGUUUCGUCCCUUCCCGUUGUUAAAAACUUCUGAGGGGAUAUUGGAAGCUAAACAGGUAUCUCUGCUUCUCUCACACAAAAACAUUAAAACACUUACUUUGGAGGAGCCGUGUAGAGGAAUGCACGCUCAGAUGAUUGAGCGAUUAAGAACAGUCCUAUAUCAAGAGGGAUUGGAGAAAACUAUCAUCGUUUCGACACAUAGUCCGUAUUUCAUCGAUACUAGUACAAUCAAUAACACUCAUGUUUUCUUUCGAACUGAAUCUAAAGACUCGAAUUACGAAUGUAACAUUAGAAAUGUAGGACUUCAGAGAGAGCUUUCUAAAGUAUCCGAUGUUGAAACUCUUCGAACCCUUUUAUUUGCAACCAAAGUUUUGUUAGUUGAAGGUCCAACUGAUAGGGAUGUUGUGCAAGCUCUCUUCACACACCUGCGUGAAAGUCGACAGAAAGACAUUGGUAUUAAGGAGAAAUCAGAUAUAACUACUUAUCAAAUAAUUCCAAUUGGUGGGUGCCAAAACGCCAAAGACGUCCUCAGAUUUUGCAAGUAUAUUAAUCUCCCUUGCUCGUGUUUACUGGAUCGUGAUAAAUUUGUUUCAAUUAAAUAUCUACCAGUUAUUCUAGAUAGUGAAGAUCAAAUAUUUUCGGAGUGGGUUGUAGAAUGUUUCCUAGGAAUGGAGGAGAAAGUCAUCGAAUUGUUAGCUAAAAAAUAUGUCUGGAAAAAAGAAUCGGAUUUUCUUGAGGAGGGGUUUCAGGAACUUUCUGACCAUUUAAGAGAAAAGAACAUUUUCGUUUGGAAGUACGGUGCACUUGAAGAGUCAAUACUAAGUACUGACAAAAAGAAUGAACACAUUGCUAAACCUCUUAAAAUCGAUCUUAGUGAUCCUUCCAACAGAUGCAAAAGACUUAAACGUAAAUUGAAAGAAAGGCUCGAUGAAAAAGAAAGAAGAUGUUUUGCCAAACAUAUAUCUGAAGUUGAAGAAAUAAAAAGGUUUUUGAAAUUUAUGGAGGAUGAAGAAAAUACAAGAAUGAAAAGAUCCGGCAUCUUAAGUCAAGAGCACAGCCACCCACAUGUUGGAUAAAAUUUUCAUAAAAAAUAAAUUAUUUGGGAAAACAAAGAGAGAUAAUGUAAAAUUUUGAUAAAACCUGUGUUUUUCACAAAAGAAAUCAAAGGAAAACGGAAAUAUAUUUUUACCCCCACCCCCACCCCCGUGAAACAAAAAAUCCUUUUUACAGGAUUAUGAAAUGUUGUUUCACAAAUUCAUACAAAAGCAUAUCUUGUUUCAUGGAAGAAAAUAUGUUUACAGACAAAAAAAUGAAUGUAAAAAUGGCCAUUUUAGAGCAAAUUUCAACUGAAAUUACAAAUAAAAAUGUACUUACCAGUUGCAUUCAUAGCACUUUGAACGCAACUUCUUCUGCUUUGAGUGUAGUUCGUUUUUCACACUCGCACAGUACAAGCUACUCUAAAUAUUUUCAGCAUUCAGUGGUAUAUAUAUGAAAUUUAUGCAAAAGGAAUAAAUCUUAGGUUUUAAUGAAAUCCUCAUUUUAAAAUGAUUUUAAUUGCUGAUUGAGGUGUAUUUUUUUUUAUUAAUUUAGGUCAAUAUAUUUAAUUGUAUAAUGAAACUUUAUAAAUUAAACAGAGCUCUAUCUCUUUAAUUCAUCUGUUCAUUUUUACGCACAUAAUUACAAAGAACGAUAACACUUCACGGUAGGGUGUUUUACGCUCAGACAAAGGGAAUUUUUUGUAAUAGUGUAUCUAUUUGAAGAACGAUAUCAACUCUUAAAAUGAAUUUUAAAAACUUAAGAAACAAAAGAAAAAAAAUCUUAAGUUUAAAUCAAUACCAAAACAUACUCUUUUUUCAUAAUUGUGUUAUUAAUAAUUUUUCUCAGAGAGUUUAAAUAAAUUUUAACGAUGACGUCACAACUGCAUCAAAGCAAAAAUUUACGAGAAACUAAAGACGACACGGUUUGUAUGCAGAUAACUGUGGUUAAGAAGCAAAUACAAUAUAUAUUGUAUGUGAUUUAUUGAAAUAAAGUGGAUUAAUCAGGUCUAAA